AUGGAUAGCCAUUGGUGUUUCCCAUCGCGCUACCUGCAGAAAACCGCACCUUCUCGGAAGGUGGUGUCGAUCCCGGUCCAAUUCGUCGGGUCGGGCGGGCGGAGUAGGUCGGACUCGGCCGUGAAGAUCCAGAAGGCGUUCCGGGGGUUCCUGGUGAGGAGGAGCGUAAGGAAGAUCGCGGAGAUAAGGCGCGAGGUCGAGGAGAUGGAGAGGAAGGUUUCGGAGGAGUCGACAGUGGAGUCGAUUCGGUGCGAUUCGAAGGAGAGGCUGAGGGUGAACGAGGCGCUGAUGAGUUUGCUCUUCCGGUUGGACUCGGUGAGAGGCGUGGACUCGGCGGUUAGGGAUUGCCGGAAGGCCGUGAUCAGAAGGGCGAUCAUGUUGCAGGAGCUUGUGGACGCGAUCGUCGCCGGCGUCGGGGAACAAACCCUAGGUUCGACCGGUGGAGGCGCUUCCGAGGCCGGUAAAGAAAUUGCCGGAGCUGUUGAUCAAACCCUAGAAGCUCCGAAAGUGGAUGAUGGAGAAUUGCGAGGUAAAGCCUCUGAGACAGAAAUUUCUGCUGCUGAUUUAGUCGAUAAUUGCUGCGAUGCGCAUGAGAAUUGGGGAAGUUUGGAGGAGUCGGAGACUCAUGUUGUCGAUUCCAUACCUAAUUCCUUUGAGUCUAUGCCUAAUUUUAGUGAGGCUAAUGAUAAACAUUGUGAGAAUUCGGAGAAGGUGGAUUUGGGUGGAGUUGACGAAGUGGGUGUCGAAACGAAGGCGAAUGGAAGUGAAGAAAUUGCUGAGAGCGUGGGGAUGAGUCAGAGUGAGUCUGGGUCCUCUGCGGAUCCUGAUAGUUUGGUUGAAGGAGUUGAAGAAAAUUCAACGAAGCAAGAGGAGGAGGGAAUGGAGAUUGUUGGACCUGAGAGAAAAGAAGAAGUGGGUGGUGAUGGGGGAAGAGAGGAGAGCAAGAAAGGCAGCGAAGUUCUGGAGAGGAUGAUGGAAGAUAAUGAGAGAAUGAUGGGUUUGAUGACGGAGCUCUUGGAGAAGAAUGAGAUGCAGACUCGAUUGCUGAGCUCGCUGUCUCAUCGGGUGGAGCAGCUGGAGAGGGCUUUCAUGUGUGAGAAGUUGAGGAGGAAGAAGAAGAAGAGGCACGCAUUUGGGGCCGUAGAUGGCCUAGAAAAAUUGCCCGAUACAAGGAAGUCCGGUAAGAGAUAG